AUGGACCUCCUCACUGCUGCCUGUGACAACUUCGGCACGGAGAAGACGGUGGCCACACAUCAACCGCCACCUGAAGCUGCCUACAUCACACCCAAACUCAACGUGAACGGCGUCCGACUGCGAGUCGUGGACAACUUCGCCUACCUGGGCGACACCUUCCUCCUAAAAUCGACGACGAAGUUGCCUGCUGCAUUUUCAGAGCCAGCCAAGCCUUCGGCAGUCCGCAGAACACCGUCUGGAACCGUCAUUUUCUCCACCUCAAUACGAAGCCGAAGAUGUACAUACCAGUCAUCCUGUCGACGCUGUUGUAUGGAGCGGAGACUCAGACGGUGUACAAGAGGCAGGCGCGGAGACUCAAUCACUUCCACCUCAGCGGUCUUUGACGGAUACUGAAGCGGAGGUGACAGGACCGGAUCCUGAACACUGACCAACUAAAGCGGACGGGAAUCCUCAGCAUCUACGUCAUACUGAGACAGCUGCAACUGCUGCCACUUCGUGCGGAUGGAUGACGAGAGGCUACCCAAAUGACUAUUCCAUAAAGAUUUCGCCACGGGUUCCUGUCGACAAGGAGGUCAAGUUCGGCUCUACUAGGACACUCUGAUGGCUUCCCGGAAGCGGCUACAGAUCGACCUGGCCAACUGGAAAGACCUAGUCCAGCACCGACCGACCUGGAGAAGAACAUUGAAGACAGGCUCAGCGAUCUACGAAGUCAACCGUAUCGCCACCGCCAAAGCCAAACGUGAAGCUCACAAACCUCAACUGCCCCUGCAUCACAACGCCGACUCUCAGCGGUCCCAACCUGCCCACAAUGUCAUCGGACGUUCCGGAAACCAACUGGCCUUAUAGGCCAUCUUCGGACCAACUGCAGCACACGGACUACGCCAACUGCUGUUUCCCCGUCCACCUCUGUCCUGCUUCCCAUGUCGACAAUCAUCACUGAUCGCACUCCCGAACCCCCACUUCUAUCCUCCUCAUCCUCCUACUCCGUUGUGUCAGCAUCUGCUGCGGCGGUUCCUGUAUCCACCAACACUGCCCACAAUUCCGGAAAACCAACAAUCAUCAACCUCCCCACCGCCAACGCCAACGAUGUGAACUCGAUCUAUGCAUGUCCUCAUUGGGACCUCACACAUCGGCCUGAUCGGUCACUUACGAAUUCACCGCACAAUGACUGGGUAAGCGGCGUCUGGAGCCACAACCAUCACUCGCCGCAUUCGCCUCCAUUAUCACAUUCUGCUCGCACAUCUGCUCCCUUCACGGGACUAUUCUUUCACAUGCGCAUUCAUGAGGGCGGAAUUAGCCGCAGUCUCGACACACCUAGCACCUCCUGCACAUCCACCAUGCCUAGCUUAACCCACACCCCGUCGCCUACCAAACCCACCAUCAUCAGCUCCGUCACACUCAGCACAUCUGGCAAAUCCACCAUAUCUAAUCCAACGCGCACCCCGAUGCCCAGCGUGUCCAUCAUUAACAGCUCCACCACUGUCACCAUCCCCGAAACCGACACUGACACCGCCGACUUUUCCGGUCCAUACUGUCCCCGUAUAUUCACCUCACGCAUCGGCCUGGUCGGUCAUUUGCGAGUCCAUUGCACAGUGACUGACGAACUGGUGCCUGGAGCACCAACCUACACUCGCCACAUUCUUUAUAACUACUCCCACUGCACCUGCACAUUCAUUCACCGCAUGGGCCUAUUAGGCCACAUGCGCGUCCAUGAAGACCUGCGGUAGAUAACCGCCGGUCACACCACACCAUCGCAUCUUCCUCCACUUACAUCACACAACAUCAUCACCCACCACAGACAUCCGAUUGCCACCUCCCACGCAAGUGGGAAUUGUGCGUCUCGGCUCCAUCUACAUGCGGCUCCUCUGCUGCAUGUGUUAUCCGAGUCUGAGACUGUCACGGUGCGUCAAGAACCGUGGCUUGGAAGGCUGCUGAAUGAUGCUCCAACUCGGUGCACGCAGGCUGCCCAGUUGUGGGUGUGUAUUUGUGUGGAGUGACGGACUGGUGGGCUGAGAGCCAGGCCGAAACAACCCCUUCUAGACGUGACCAACAGCAAUCUCACGCAUGUGGGAGGUACGCCGUUCAACCGCCGUUGAGUGGGAUCCUGGUGCUUCUUUUUUGAGGGGUCGAGCCGUGCAUGUGGCGCGCAGAUUAAGUCACUAGGUAUGUCAGCCACAGCGCUCAUUCCCUGCCUCUGUGAACUGGUCGGCUCGGACAGAGACCGGGGUCUAGGAAUUGGGGAGUGAGGUCUACGUCUCAGCUCAUUUACCUCACAAUAAACAAUCUGACGCGCUUGAAGCUACUACGGUGCGCUGAAAGCCGUAGCUGGCAAGAUUGCCAACUGACAGGAUAACUUGGGCCUCGCAGUUGGCCCAGUGUUGUGUGUUUGUGUGGAGUGGUUGACUGACGGUCUGAGUUAGGCUGCAAUGGCUCAUUCUUAAUGUGGCCUUUAUGACACUCCCACUCCGUGGGAUCCGAGCCGGGUGUGACGGCACGCCUAAAUGUAGCUUUGGUCGUUGCAUCCUUCAUUCUUUUGUCGUUGUUGGUCAAAAUCCUGGUCAUUUGCUGUGUGGACCAGGAGGUGUGGAGUGGAGUGCCAAGGUGCGGGCUCGGCCGUACUACCCGCCCGCGCCCUCACCCGCCUCCGGUCUUCUUGACUAUGUGUUAGCAUCGGGUUCAGAUUGGGAUGGCGAGAGUGAGGUAGAUGCUUCGAAAGUCACCGUGCCUGCUGCAUCUCCAUGUGGAGUACACAAUGGACAUCUUCGGAAACGACGAUCGGACCAGGGUUAUCGGGCGUUCGCCCACUCGACUUUUUAACUGACCAAUCAAGUUCAAGGCCGGGUCAGACGUGUCCUGGCUUAAGAUGCUUUGACGGGUUCCCUGACAUACUUUUUGGAUAUCCUUCUCCCGGUGCAGGAGGUAGUUUCCUCUGGCUGCCAACUUUUGUCAAUCCCUUCCCCGGUUGUUCUUUACAGAAUAUACAAUCCUCCCAACUGGCGUUCAUCUUCUCUUUCCAUUCGGGACGGGGCCUGAAGUUCGUGGUAGCCAGGGUCUCGCCGUCAGCUUCGGCUUCUGCGACAAGAUACGAAAACGCCCAAAUUCGCGAUUAACAAGGCUCUCAUAAGUACCGAAAUAGCUGGAUUCUCGUCUAAACAGUUGAAGGUUCUGGAAUCGAUUUUUAAAUAGGGAUGACUGUUGACCGAAAAUCUGCGACAACGUCAUCAAUGUGUCCGCAAAAGUAACUGCUCGAGGGUUCUUGGAGAAGAUAAAGUUGACAUAGUGUUGGACAGGGCGCAAUUUGCGGAGUGAGAGCCGAACCUUCCAUGCGUCGUUCUGGACAGCCAGGUCAACUAAUAACAGGUCCUCGUAUCGUUUUUACCAGGAAUCAAAGGCGAUAUAGGGCUCCCGGUCAUGUAGGAAUUCAGUGAUUCUGUCGGAAAUUCGAUCGACGGCUUGUGAACAUCAUUUACAUCCGCCUGACUCGCAGGCGAUCUGGCUUUCUCAGCAGUAUGCGCCUUCAUCAGCUUCAAAUUGUGUUAUGCUGCUGCUGCGGCUGAAAAAUCUGCCAAAUUCUUAUGACUCUACCUGGUGCUCUGUAGUAACGCGAACCUCACGAGUGCUCGCCUGCUGUCCCAGUCGUCAAAAGGGCGGAAAAAGGAAACACGAUUGGCCAGGACGAGGUGUAUUUAAACCUUGAAAGCUCUCUCACUAAAGGACUGUGUAUGUUUAUGGAAAUCAAAUGCGCAUCAAAAAGAACCAACUAAAAGAGUCGAGCAACUUCUAGCAGACUUAAAUCAGGCAGGCUCUAAUGAAACACUCUGACAACAACCAGUAGCGAGACGAUUUCAACAGCGUGCUGCUGCAUGCUGAUUCAAAGAUUACGAGCCAGACUCGUUCUGACCACCUCUUGGUAAGACCGCAGUUAGUAGCCAGACGUUAUACGUUGAUACUGUCGACGUACGUACUUGUUAUCAUUAGGUGUGCUUACCUUGUCUAGGAAACUUGUUGUCAGUGGGUGUGCGCUUACUGACUUAGGCAGGUCACCCGUCUCGGUCAGGCUGUUGUGUUUAGUGAGGGUUAGGGUUAGACGUAGGUAAAGUUUUAUGAUUAGGGUUUGCGUUUUAGGUUCAGGUUUCAGUGUUGGGGUUAGGGUUUAGGUUCCCGUCAGGGUUACGGUUAAGUUUUAGGGUUAGGCUUAGGGUUAACGUUAGGAUUAGGCUUAAGGUUAGGGCUAGGGAUAAGGUUGGGUUUGUAGUUAAGUUUAAGGUUGGGGUUAGGGUUAAGGUUAGGGUUAGGGUUAAGCCUAGGGAUAGGGUUAAGGUUAGGUUUCGGUUUAAGUUUAGGGUUAGUGUUAAGUUUACGUUUGGUUUUAAGGUAAGGGUUUAGGGUUAAGCUUAGGGCUAGGGUUAAGUUUGGGAUUAGGGUUAUUCUUAGGGAUAGGGUUAGGCUUUAGUUAAGGGUUAAGUUUAGGGUUAGGAUUAAGAUUAAAGUUUUGGCUGGGGUUUAGGUUAGGCUUAUGUUUAAGUUUGGGGUUAGGUUUAGGUUUAAGUUAAGGUUCAAAAUUUUAGUUUAGGUUUGGGUUUAAGUUUAGUGUAAGGGUUUAGUUUAGGUUUAGGGUUAUGCUUAGGGUUAGGCUUAGGAUUAUUGUUGGGGUUAGGGUUAAGUUUAGGGUUAGGGUUAUUGUUAGGUUUAGGGUUAGGGUUUAGAUUAGGGUUAGGGUUAGGGUUAAGUUUAGUGAUAGGGUUAAGAUUAAGGUUAUGGCUAGGGUCUAGGUUAGGCUUAUGUUUAAGUUUGGGGUCAGGUUUAGGGUUAGGGUUAGGGUUAGGGUUAAGGAUAGGUUUAGGUUUAAGUUUAGGCUAAGGGUUUAGUUUUGGUUUGGGUUUAGGUUUAGGGUUAGGGUUUAGUUUAGGUUUAGGGUUAGGGUUAGGCUUGGGGUUAUUGUUGGGGUUAGGGUUAGGGUUAAGUUUAGUGGUAGGGUUAUUGUUAGGUUUGGGGUGUAGUAGGUGUCAGCGGUGGGUUAACGUGAUGGUCGUAGUGGUCGCUCACUUGCUUGCAGGUGAGACUACGCCUAGCGUCCAUUUGCUGGCACCCAACUCUCACCUUUGGCUCCACGUAGCCGGGCUGUGCUCAGCGGCCACACCCCGGGCAACCGUCUCGACCGGCGGGCUAAACCGGGUGAGGGCGCUGUGCGCUUGUGCCGCGUGCACAGUCUACUGCGGACUCCGCUGGAUGGAUGGUCGGAUGAAACACUGAGCCGGCAUCGUCGAGACGAGGCUCUGCCUGGUACGCCGUUGAAUAACUGCUGCCGGGACGGGUCUCCGCAUCGCCUUCGCUGAGACGCGCCCACCCUCGCCGACGGAGAACGCGGACUCACGGCAUAUGCGGUGGUUCUCCACUACGAACAUAAAAGUCGUGGCCCCAUAGUGGGAUCGGUCGCGCCAACCAGGCACAUGGGCAGCCCGAUUCAGGGGCGGCACUGCCUGCCCCCAUGAGGGGAAGGGCCUAGAAAAGGUGGCCUAAACAUUGCUGGGUACCACGCCGUCUCCAGGCUAGCCAGGGCCGCAGACGUCUAAACAUGGUCGAAACAAUCAAAAUCGAAACAACAACAAUACCAAUAACAACAACAACAACCAUACUCCUUCUCACAUCAUACCCCCUCUUCCUCUUCCUCUGCCUAUUCUUCUGCCAAUUCUUCUCCUUCGUCACCUUCUUCUCCAUCUCCCUCUCGUCGCCCCACUUGUCGUCACCAGACUGGCAGAGUGAGUCCGCUCACUCUGGCAGCCUGGAAUGUUCGUUCCCUUUUAGACAAUCCGCGAAGCAACCGACCGGAAAGGAGGACAGCGUUAGUGGCACGAGAACUGGCGCGCUACAAGGUGGACAUCGCCGCACUCAGCGAGACCCGAUUCUCCGAACAAGGCCAACUGGAGGAGGUGGGUGUCGGCUACACCUUCUUCUGGAGCGGUCGACCCAGGGCAGAGCGACGGGACGCGGGUGUCGCCUUCGCCAUCCGGAACGACAUCGUGGGACGACUCCCCUGUUUGCCGCAGUGCAUCAACGGUCGCCUGAUGAGCCUCCGCCUGCCUCUCCGGCGGGGGAGCCAAUUCGCCACCAUCAUCAGCGCCUACGCUCCGACCAUGACCAACCCCGACGCCGUCAGAGACAAAUUCUACGAGGACCUGCACGCCCUCUUGGCGACUGUGCCGAUGGCGGACAAGUUGGUUGUCCUUGGCGAAUUUAACGCCCGCGUCGGCACAGACCACACUGCCUGUAGAGGAGUGCUGGAUCCCCACGGUCUCCGCGGCUCAAAUGACAACGGACUGCUGCUGCUCCGCACCUGCGCAGAACACCCUCUUAUCCUAAAAAACACGUUCUUCUGUCUGCCGGAGCGAGAGAAGGCCACCUGGAGGCAUCCUCGGUCGCGUCGGUGGCACCUGCUGGACUAUGUCCUCGUCCGAAGUCGUGACCAGCGGGACGUGCUGGUGACGAAGGCGAUCGCGGGUGCUGACGGGUGGACCGACCAUCGCCUCGUCAUCUCGAAGAUGCGUAUUCGCUUACAGCCUCGCAAGAGACCGCAAGCUAAGCGACCCCCAAGUAAGCUGAAUGUUGCCUUGUUGUCCUUGCCCGCUCAACACCUUCAUUUCAGCAAUGAGCUAGCUCAACGGCUAGACAAACUUCCUAUCGCUGCCGUAGACGACGUCGCCGCCGCUGCCGAGAACGCCUCCGUGGAGAACCGCUGGUGUCAACUGCGAGACACGGUCCAGUCGACAACGCUAGCCGUUCUCGGUCACGCUCGCCUCCAAGACCACGACUGGUUCGACGACAACGACGCCGCCAUCAGAAAUCUGCUUGCUGAGAAAAACCGCCUACACAAAGCCUACGUCGAUCACCCCACUGACGACAACAAAGCUGCUUUCUACCGCAGUCGCCGCCACCUCCAGCAGCGACUGCGCGAGAUGCAGGACGCCUGGACUGCUCGCAAAGCUGAGGAGAUCCAAGGCUACGCGGACCGCAACGAAUGGAAGAACUUCUUCUCUGCGAUCAAAGCUGUCUACGGUCCGUCGACAAAGGGCACUGCUCCUCUCCUCAGCGCCGACGGCAGUACUCUCCUGACUGAGAAAACGCAAAUCCUUCAGCGACGGGCCGAGCAUUUCCGAGGCGUCCUAAACCGCCCUUCCGCCAUCUCCGACGCCGCCAUCGCGCGUUUGCCGCAAGUCGAGACCAACGCGGACGUAGACCUCCCGCCAUCUCUCCAGGAAUCCAUCAGGGCCGUGCAGCAGCUCUCCAGCGGGAAAGCACCCGGAUCGGACGCAAUCCCUGCUGAGGUCUACAAGCACGAAUGUCCCCAACUGAUGGUUCACCUGACUGCGCUCUUCCAGGGGAUGUGGCGUCAAGGUGAAUUCCCGCAAGAUUACAACGACGCAACCAUCUUGCAUCUGUACAAGUGA